AGAUUUCCUAGAACCAUACCAACAUAACCAAUCAGAAUUCAGAACCUGAUUAUUCUUUGUUCCAUCCACAACCAAAAAAGAAAAGGAAAAAAUCCGUUUCAAUUUCACCUUUGAUUUUCCUUCUCAAUCAUCAGUGAAUCACUUCACUGGAACUCAGAACGAACAAGUUGAUCGGGGAUCGUGAACUCCUCCUUCGCAAUGGCGACCUCCGUCGCCGUCGGUGGAACUCUAACGACGCACGAUCGCGGGAUUCUGACGGCGGUUAACAUCGGCGCGUCGAGUCUCUCCUUUGUUGGGUCCAGCUUCAUUGUACUAUGCUACCUUCUCUUCAAAGAGCUCCGCAAGUUUUCCUUCAAGCUCGUUUUCUAUCUCGCUCUCUCAGAUAUGCUUUGCAGUUUCUUCAGCAUAAUAGGGGACCCAUCCAAAAGUUUCAUUUGUUAUGCUCAGGGAUAUAGUACACAUUUCUUUUGCGUGGCAUCUUUCCUUUGGACUACAACAAUUGCUUUUACCCUGCACCGCACUGUUGUGAAACACAAAACAGAUGUUGAAGAUUUAGAGGCCAUGUUCCAUUUAUAUGUUUGGGGUACUUCCUUGGUUAUGACAGUUAUGCGCUCGUUUGGUAAUGACCAUAGACAUUUUGGUGCAUGGUGUUGGACUCAAACAGGUCUCACAGGGAAGGCAAGUAGUAAUAGGAACACAGGUCACAUGUUUUUAUAUAUAAUUCCUGCAAACUUUUGUAAAUUUGAAUUGAGUGUUUUAUACUAA